UUAGUAAACAAGAGCAGAGAAGAAUGGUUGGUGGUGGAGCUCCACAGAGAGGAAGUGCAGCUGCAGCGGCAAGCAUGCGUAGGAGAAAGCCAAGCGGCGGGGCUAGUGGAGGAGCCUCUGGUGGCGCAGCCGGAUCCAUGCUUCAGUUCUACACCGAUGACGCACCGGGUCUCAAGAUCUCCCCUAAUGUUGUCCUUGUCAUGAGCAUUGGUUUCAUUGCUUUUGUCGCUGUCCUUCAUGUCAUGGGCAAGCUCUACUUUGUCAAAGGUCGCAGUUUCGGAGAGAGAGCUUUUCUGAUGGCAACUUCGGGAGAAUCAUCUUCAGAGAUGGAAGACGCGCAAUCACCGGCGAUUCCACAAUCCUCACCGGAGAAGCCUCUGAUUUCUUCGAUUCCAAGUGCUAAGAUCGCAACGACGACGGUGGAAAAUGCAGCUUCCUGGAUCGAUGAUGCCCUGCGCCAGGCGCUUGUGUACCAGAACACGAUCUUGGAGACGCUGGAUUCUACCAUCGACGCCUCCAAAUCUCGAUUGUCUCAAAUUAGAGACACUUCCUUGGCUCACACGAGCCAAACCAUCGAUUCUCUCAAAGACAUUGCUUCUGAGUAUAACGUUUACGAGCAUAUGGUGUUUGGGAAGAUUAAAGACGGUGUGAACGUUGCUGCAUCUCAUCCGCUAAUAUCAGGCACUUUAGCUUUUGGGGUUGGGAUUUUUGCUCUGAAGAAGACGAGAAGAUUUGUAUAUCACAAUACUUUACGCAUGUUCUUAAGCGAAGAGGCUUUGCUUUCUAGAGCAGAUCUUAAAGUAAAAGAGUUACGACAAUCAAUGGACCGUCUUAUAGCCGAAAGCCAAAAGUUAGAGAGAGUUGCAACUGUGGCAGAAGAUGAGUUGAUUAGAGGACGGAUGAAACUCAGACAAGCCGGCAAACAGAUUCAAGGUGUGGUCCGCUCAGCUUAUAAGAUUGAAAAGCAAGCAGCAGGUUUAAAAGAUGUACUUAAAGAAUUGCCCACGAGAGAAGCUUCACGAUUCCGUUCUCAAAUAUCAAACCGUGCUUCUGAAGUAAAGCAAGAGCGAAACGCUUUGUCAAAGGAAGUGAACAAGAUCAGCAACUAUGGUAUCUCCGUCUGAGGAAUCACCAAACUCCAUUUUCUAGUUACAAAAUUUGAUUUACUCUUGGAGGAAAAUUACAGAGACAAUAAUAAUGUCUAAAACAUGCUUAAAACUCUUUUUUUUUUUGCUUGGCGUCAAAUGCCAAAGAUGUAAUCUCUUGUUGUCUUGUGUUUAAAUCAGCUGUUUGGUUCGAAUUUUUAUUUUGCUUUUUGAGGAAAAAUAGUUAUUAGAUUGGAACCAAAUCCAAUAUGAUAAGUUUUGUUAGGGCUUCAAAUUGGGUUUUUGCGUAG